CUAUGACACUGAGCAUUACUCGGCCUUAUUAGAGUUGGAACUUGGAUCUCUCUCUCUCCCUAUCAUCGGAAAGGACACCUACCUUUGCCCACUUCCUCUCUCUGUAGCUCCUCUCUCUAAAGUCUAAACCCAAAGGCCUCACAGCUUUCUUUUCCAGAAGAUCUAACAAGACAUUGUUUCUAUGGAUGAGGUAAAAGACAAGGAUGUUUAUGUUGGGAGUGUAACUGAGCCUGCUACUGUGGUAGUUAGUGAGCAUGUAGCUGGUGAAACCCAAGUUGAGGGGCCUCUUUCGGAGGGUGUUCAGAGAGUAGAGGAUGGUGGGGCUUGUAAUGGGGAUGACGUUAUGGUGGAAGUUUUGGGUUCUGAUGUGUAUGUUGAUGGCGUUUGUACCCACGGGGAGGCGGGGCGGAGUGGGGCAGUCGAGAAUGAGAUUGGUGCGGUGGGAGAUGGUAAUUCUUUGGAGGAAGAUGUUAAUUCUUUGGGUGGAGGCGCUGCACUUAGUGAAGCGGGUUUGCAGGGAAUUGGGGGUUCUAGUGUUGAUGCAUCAAAAUGUGGAACCGAGGCCGGAGUUGAGGGUUCUUUGGGGAUUGUGGAGUCACGGGGGGAACAGACUCAAGCUGUCGUGGUGGAGUCUGAGGUACUGGUGAGAGAGGAGACUAUAGAGGGAGGAGCGGUCAUGGGGGAGAGAGUUAGAGAAAUAGUUGCUAGUGAUAGUGGAAAUUAUGACAUGACACCACGGUAUGUCACAGUUUUAGAUGGGGAAGCUCAGAAUACAGAGGUUGGAACUGUCGAUGGUGGUUCUUUUUCGGUUCUGGGUUCCACAUGUGGAGAAACACAAGUUGUCCAGUUACAGGAAGUUGUCAUCGUUGCCAGGGAAACUGGUUUGAAGAAAGAAGGGGUUGAGGUGAGUGCAGAUGGAGGUAGGCAACUGAUGGAUGAUAUGGUUGAUGCAUUUGAGGAUGGGAAUCCAGAGGAGGUUAGUGCUUUUGAUGAGAAAGCAACUAUUACUAGAAUCGAAAAUGGGGUAGGUGAUUCUUCUGUACUUGUGGCUUCUGUAGGUGUGGAAAGCCAAGUUGUAGGAGAAGAUGCGUUACUUGAAAAUGUGGAACAUUCAGAAAGUGGAUUGGUUGUUGAGGGCGAUGAGCUUGGUGGUGGAUCGGGUGAUAAUGGAUUGGAUGUAAAUGAUGAUUUUGCUCAGAUUGAUUCAAAAUGUGGGCUUCAGGUUGAAGUUGAAGAACAAGAGAUGAAAGCUGAACAGGUUGGUUUGAAAGAUGACCAGGGAAUGGAAGUUGAAGAAGGCAUCACUGAUACUGAACAGUCAAAAGCUGAUGAAGAGAAAUUCCUUGAACAGGAAGCUCUAAAUGCUGGAAGCAUAGGUGAAGUGCAUCAAGCUAGUUAUCAGCUGCCGUCAGAAAAUGAAGGUGAGUUCUCUGUAUCGGAUUUAGUAUGGGGGAAAGUGAGGAGCCAUCCAUGGUGGCCUGGGCAGAUAUUUGAUCCUGCAGAUUCAUCUGAGAAGGCAAUGAAACAUCAUAGAAAAGACUGUUUUUUGGUGGCAUAUUUUGGGGAUCGAACGUUUGCUUGGAAUGAAGCAUCUCAGUUGAAGGCCUUUCGAACACAUUUCUCCCACAUUGAGAAGCAGAGCAAUUCAGAAGCAUUGCAGAAUGCUGUUGAUUGUGCUCUGGAAGAAGUCUCAAGACGAGUGGAGCUUGGGCUUGCCUGCUCCUGCAUACCAAAAGAUGCCUUUGAUAGAAUCAAAUCCCAGAUGGUUGAGAACACUGGAAUUCGGCAAGAAUCAAUCACAAGAGACACAGUGGACAGAUCUGCCAGUGCUAUUUCCUUUGAACCAGAUAAAUUAAUCAAAUAUUUGAAAGCCUUGGCACAGUACCCUUCUGGCGGUAGUGAUCGGUUGGAAGUUGUGAUAGCUAAGGCUCAGUUGCUGGCUUUCUGUCGUUUAAAAGGUCAUCGUAGUUUGCCUGAAUUCCAAUUUAGCGGAGAGAGUGACCCGGAUAAGUUAGUUUCUGGGGGCAGAAUGCAUUCAAGUAAAGAAUUUGAGCAUGUCGAUGACGUGUUGACUUCCUUUGAACAGGAGAUAUCGAAAAACCAGAACAGCUCUUCUAAUAAACAUAAACAAGAUUUUAAAGAUGAUGUAUUUUACAGAAAGAAAGAAAGAAGUUUGUCAGAGUUAAUGGGUGGUGUGACGGAUUCUCCAGAUGGUGAUGAUUUGCUAGAUGGGAAGACUAGUGGUGGUUUGGUUUCUCCAUCGUCUGGCAAGAAAAGAAAGACUGUUGAUUACCAUGAUGACCAUGGACCACAAGAUGGGAGGAAAACUAUUGCCUUCGCUAAAGUUUCCAGUACCAUGCCACCUUCUUUCUCCAAGCCAUCAUUUAAAAUUGGCGACUGUAUCCGGAGAGUUGCAAGCCAAAUGACUGGGUCUCCUUCUAUCCUGAAGUAUAACAGUGAGAGGCUCCAGAAGCUAGAUGGCGGCCAUGACAUACCUGCUGGGGAUGAAGCUGAUGCUUCCUUCCAGGAUUCUGAGGACACCCAGAGAGGAAGGGUGAGUGUUUCAACAGAUUACUCAUCACUAGAUGAAUUGUUAUCGCAACUUCAGAUGGCAGCACAAGAUCCGCUGAAAGGAUAUGAUUUGUCAGAUAUCAUUGUCAGCUUCUUCUCCGAUUUUAGAAACUCAGUAGUAGUUGGUCAUCAUUCCAGGAGAGAGUUAUUGGCUAUGGACAAAGUCGGUGGUGGUAAGAGAAAAAAAUCAUCCCAUUCUGUAGUUGGUUCACCUGAAACAUAUGAAUUUGAGGAUAUGAGUGACACUUACUGGACAGAUAGGGUUGUCCAAAAUGGUUCGGAAGAGCAACCUCCACGGAGAAACAAAAAAAGAGAGUAUCAAAUUGUCGCUGUUGUACAAGACCCCCCUCAAGUGAGCCGUAGGCCAUAUUCAAGGAAGCGAUAUUCAGAUGGCAAUAAUGCUGUGGCAGCUGACAAACCUGCUGGCUACGUGGAUGAGAACUCACCUGCCGAAAUUGUGAUGAACUUCUCUGAGGUCAACUCUGUCCCAACAGAAACAAACCUGAAUAAGAUGUUUAGGCGUUUUGGGCCUUUGAAAGAAUCUGAAACAGAAGUUGAUCGCGAUACAAGCCGUGCUAGAGUAGUGUAUAAGCAUUCUUCCGACGCAGAAGUUGCUUUCAGUAGUGCUGGAAGGUUCAACAUUUUUGGGCCAACGCUGGUAAAUUACCAGAUUAACUAUACUCCCUCUGCUCUGUUUAAAGCUUCUCCAAUGGACACAGCCCAGGACCAUGAGAUGCAACUUGAUCUUGCCGCCCUUGAUGUUAAUCUAGUUUGAAAGUUUCAGGGUACGGCAGAUGCCUAAAGAGAAGCCAGAUGUGAUGACGAUGAGGAUGGUGAUGAUGAUGCAGCACAUAAUUGUACGGAUGGAGUGCUGAAGAAGAUAACCAGACUUUCAAGUGAUCUGGCUAUCUGUUCAGUAAUUGUUCAGGUUCUUUUUGUUUUGUUUUUGGCUAGGAUAGGUAAUUUUUUUUUUCCUUCGUUAUGUAAUCUUUAAAUGAUUCGCUUAGUCCGUGUACAGAAAUUUAACUGACCCUUUUUUUUUUUCAAAUGGUGGUUAUCCUUGGCGGCUGUAAGAUUUGGGAAUGGUUAUCGUUGUCUUGAAGAUCUUCAUAAAAAUUAUAUUUAUAA